CUCUGUUCAAUGUUCAUUGGAGACUCACGGAUCUUGUCACACACGUGCAAUUCGCCGGUCUCACAUUUCUUGUGUAAUAUUUUCAAUUCCAGUUUAAAAUGAUGCAAAAUAUUACUAGUUACCUAGUUCGAGCUUCGUCUCAAUCAACCUUCACCCAGCUGAGAUUUCAAGGUCUUCGCUCAUUGUACACUGCUGAAGCGCUAGGUUUGGAUGGAUAUGCAACAUCCAGAAGCAAGACUGCAGUGAAUUUUCAUGGUACCCAGAUGAAAGAAAAAUUUCGUACACGAAUGCAAGAGUUUGUUGGUUCCAGUUCAUCCAACCUUAUUUUCACUGAUGAUUUGAAAACCAUGGUUAAUUUGGCAGAAAAUACCCCAGAAGACAUUAAAUUACUCGAACAAAUGAUUGAAAAGUUUCAUUCUCAGAGCACUGGUUUAAGGUUUGGAACAUUUGUCUUUGGCCCAGUCAUUAUGAGAUUCCUUUAUUCAAUUAAUGAGACAAAGGCACUAUUGUCAUUAUUGAGGAAUCCUAAAACUGUUACAUUGUUUGACCAAUUUAUAAGCUAUCAAAUAGCUAUGGAUCUACUAUUGGAGAAUAAAAUGUACAAAGAAGUACUGGAAGUAUUUGAUAUUGCCCAAAAACGCAAUAUCCAGGAUAACCAGUAUCCUAAAAACUGCUUCAUUAUUGUUAUGGCAGCUCUUUGUAGACAGAAUACGCCAGAAAGCUACCAAGAAAUGAAAACACUUUUAACCAAAGCUAGUAGUUUCGGCCAUAUUCCAAUGAGAAGAGCCUUAACUUACGCGGCGUCCUUGGCGUUGAAGCAAAAUGAUCCUAAAUUUUGUAUGGAACUGCUCUCAGAAUGCAAACAACAAAACUAUGUCACAGUUCGCAAUUUGAAAGCAGUGGCCUUGGCCAAACUGGAUCGAUUUGACGAUUGUGUUGCAGUUUUAAGAGCAGCUUUGGAAUACGACAGGCCAGCUGGAGUAGAAUUCCGCAAACGAAACUUCUUUAAAGACGUUAUUGACACAAUCGAUCAAGAGAUAAAGGGAACUGCCAGUAAAGACGUACAGCUCGAGUAUGACCGUGUUGUUAAGACAUUAAAAGACAGAGACAUGAUUGAAGAUCAGAUAUUAGAUUCGAUUCUAGAUCAUCCCAUCGACAGAGUGGAUCCACGAGAACGUGAUAAUUGGGGCAGCAACGAUCGUAACUUUGUCGAUCGUGGCAUGGUCAAAAGGAACUUCAAUAAGGACAACCAAUAUGAAAGAAACGCUCGCCCAUUAUAUCCUCCACGAAGACCUGGAUUGAACGAAAUGGAAUAAUUCUUUUCUAGCUAUGUAGGAAAUGUGUACUAAUCGUCUGAAUGAUGAAAAUAGAUAAUCCGUUCUAGUUA